GCAUUCCCAUCGCAACAAGCCGCAGGCUCCGGCGAACCCAACCCUAGUCCGGUAAUCCCCCGACGCCGCCCGCCGCCGCGCAUCCUGCCCGCACCCUUGCCUCUGCGACGCCGCGCCGCGGACUUACGGUCCUCGGCGUGCCCCCCACCCUCACCCCCUCGCCCGUUGGCCCCCGGCGCCUAGCCAUCUCCGGCGGCCAGUCCGGCUGCGGCUCGGCGCACCCACGAGAAGAAACUGACUCUGCCUCGGCGGCUCGGCCCCCUCCAGGAGUCCAGGUCAUCAUUGGUUUUUAAAAUGGCCACAGAAGAUAUUUCUCAAAUUUCUGGCAGUUUUGACUCAACAACAAUGCCAUUACUAGAACAGCUUGCUGAAGUAUUUGGCAGGCUGAAAUCUCACACAGAAACAUCGCUGCAAUUACAAAAUGGCAUCAACUGGGAAAAUAUCAAAGAACAUUUCCUGAACCUUGAGAAGUCGUACAAAAGCAAGUGUGAUGAACUGGAAGAGAAGCAGAGGGCAUUAGAUGAAAAGAAAGCUGAAGGCUGUAGGCUGAUUGCAGAGAAAGAAGCUAAUGUUUCUGCGAAAGAGCAUGCUUUCCUGAACCAACUUCAGGAGCUAAGGGACACUGCUGUCUCUGCCCUAGCAGAGGCACGACAAACAUAUAAGGUGGAGCUUGCUGAUAUACUUGAUUCCAAUGGAAGCAAAGAUAAAAAGGUAAGAACCUCAACCAACGACAUGAAUGCAUCCUGUGCUUCAGAGGAGAAUACAGCUGCUAGUGGGCUGGGUGAACCAUCUGAAGCUUCACCUGUCGAGGUUAAACCACGCCCUGUGUUGAAGCAACUAUGUGAGCAAAUGGAUACAGCAGGCCUUCUGAAAUUUCUUUCAGAAAAUUGGAAAAAACUUUCUAGCCUUCGUGAUGAACUUUCUGCUGCACUACGAUGUGCCACUGACCCUGCCCGCUUUGUGCUUGGUUCCUUGGAGGGUUUCUUCCCAUCUGACCAAACUAGUUCACCUGGGAAUAAACAAAAUGCUCUCCAGGGCCAGCGCAGAAGCUGCAUUAUUUUGAUGGAAGCUAUAACACCUGCACUAGCUAUGAAGGAGUCAGGUGACAAUCACUCUUGGAGCUCUGAAAUUAAGGAGCUGGCCAAGGCAAUUGCAGAGGAGUGGAAGAGUAAGUUAGCUGAGGUUGACCUUGAUGCUUCCGAUGGCUACUCAUUGGAAGCACAGGCAUUCCUGCAGCUUCUUACAACUUUUAAUGUUGAUUCAGUGCUUGACGAGGAUGAACUAUGCAAGAUCGUAGUUGCUGUCUCUCGUCGCAAGCAGACUGCUGAGCUUUGUCGCUCCCUUGGUCUUAAUGAGAGAAUACCAGAUAUUAUCACGGACUUGGUUAAUAGACACAGGCAGAUUGAUGCUGUUCAAUUUAUACAUGUCUUUGGACUUUCUGAGAGCUUUCCUCCUGCACCUCUGCUGAAGGCAUAUGUAGAGGAGUUAAAAGAUUCACUUGGGAAUAAUGGAGAUGCAAAUGCGGCUUCUCUAAAGGAUGACCCAAAGACUCGGGAACUGCUCGCAUUGAGGGCUGUAAUAAAAUGCAUUGAAGAGUAUAAGCUUCAGAAGGACUAUCCACUUGGACCUCUCCAGAAGCGUGUCGCUGAGCUAAAAUCUAAGGGCGAGAAAAGGCCUAUAGUUGAAGCUGGGCGGCAUAAUGCAAAGAAGCCUCGUACUUUUGGCAAUCCAGCUGCUCGCAGGCCACCCAAUUCUGUUGGUUCAGCUGGUCGCAGGUCAGCAGGCCCGGCUAAUACUUGGCAGCGGCCCCCUCCACCAAUGCCUUCCUAUGAUAGAUAUGGACCUGCGGACCGGUACCAUUACACUGCACCCUCUGCAUCAUACGAUCCUCCUGCCUAUGCUUCUUACAGUGAAGCAUACGGUGGCACAAAACCAUAUCAGUACACACCGGGCUCAGUUGCAGCUGCAUCAUACAGCCCAAAUCAGUUUAAAGUAGCAUAUGGUGGCCCUGGUGCGCCGCCACCGGCUGGCGGCUACGCAAGUUACAAUGACGCAGCAGGGCAGUCUAGUUCGAGCUAUACGGGUUACGCAGGUUCUGGUUACCACCCUUCGCAACCAAGGUUAUAAUUUGCAUUGCUAUGCAACGGCUACGCUGGUUAUGGUACGCACGAUCUGGCUACCAAGGUCCUUCAGAUCCAGAUGUAACUUUUAGAUAUUCUCGUAGUGGAUUUUGUAGCUGUAACUGGUGUAGAGUUUCCAAGGCUGGUCGUGUGAGAUGCCAGUCAAGUUUAGAGACAUUUUUGUCCUGCUAAAUGUAUCCUUGUACCUAACCUGUUUGAAUAUUCUCCAUGCCCAGUCUGCUGUGAGUAACAACUACUAAGAUUUGUCACCUCAUGCAUCCUCAUCUUUUCGCUUC